UUUUCCAGCUGGUAAUUUCUGCUGCGUCAACACCCAGCUCAAGGGAGAGGAGAAGAGACAAGGGGGCAUUUUAACAGCAGCUCCACUUGCGAAUAGCCAGCCUCAAUCCCGGCUCCAGCAUUAAAACCUUUUCCGCCCCCUAAAAACCAGCAUCCGUGCAAGUUGGACCAAGAGUUUGUCAGGAGUGUGGUUCAAAACUGCUUGGAAAAAGGGAUGAGGACAUCUGACGAACCUGUUGGAGCUUGUUACCAGAGACCAUUCUCCUCUAUUCAUUAAAUCAUGCUGCACUAUCCAGCUGUGAAACAUUGUGACGUUUAUUUUUGCUAACAAGAAACAUUUUCAAAGAUUGUUCUGCCUUUCCCCUACAAGAGUUCACACCAGUGCUACUGGAAGGUCAUAGAACGGUGCACUACCUGUGCUGCCCUAGGGCUGUUGAUGUCCUCACCUAUAGUAGGAGAAACGCUAGACCUGGAACCCAGUUUGUUACUGGACUUGUGGAAGAGGAAACACAAAGAUUUCCAAAUGAAUAACCGAAAGGAAGAUAUGGAGAUUGCUUCCCACUACCGUCAUCUGCUGCGUGAGCUUAACGAGCAGAGACAACAUGGCAUCCUCUGUGAUGUUUGCAUUAUAGUGGAGGGGAAGAUCUUUAAGGCUCACAAAAACGUUCUGCUUGGAAGUAGUCGCUACUUCAAAACACUGUACUGCCAGGUACAGAAAACCUCUGACCAGGCCACAGUCACCCAUUUAGACAUUGUAACUGCACAAGGCUUUAAAGCAAUCAUUGACUUCAUGUAUUCUGCACACCUAGCACUGACCAGCAGAAACGUCAUUGAGGUGAUGUCAGCUGCUAGCUAUCUGCAAAUGACAGAUAUUGUACAAGCCUGUCACAAUUUCAUAAAAGCAGCUCUUGACAUAAGCAUAAAGUCUGAUGCCUCGGAUGACCUCGUUGAUUAUGAACUUGGAGCCCCUUCCAGCAGUAGUACGGAUGCUUUGAUUUCAGCAGUCGUGGCUGGCAGGAGUAUAUCUCCCUGGUUAGCUCGGCGAACAAGUCCAGCAAACUCUUCUGGAGAUUCAGCUAUUGCCAGCUGCCAUGAAGGAGGGAGUAGUUAUGGAAAAGAGGAUCAAGAACCAAAAACAGACAGCCACGAAGACAUUUCAUCCCAGUCUCUUUGGUCUAGUGACAUGGGCUAUGGGUCUUUACGUAUCAAAGAGGAACAGGUUUCACCAUCACAUUAUGGAGGGAGUGAACUACAUUCUGCCAAGGAUAGUGCAAUACAGAAUGCGUUCUCAGAACAAGGAGUAGGGGAUGGCUGGCAACCCACUGGGCGCAGGAAGAACAGAAAAAAUAAAGAAACUGUGCGGCAUAUUACGCAGCAAGUGGAGGACGACAGCAGGGCAAGUUCUCCAAUGCCAUCUUUUUUACCUGCCUCAGGCUGGCCGUACAGCAGUCGAGACCCAAGUGCUGAUGUGACAGUAACAGAGCCCAGCAGCUCUGACAGCAGAGUGGAGCGAUCGGACCCGUACGCGAACGUCGACGAAGCCCUCAUCGGUGGGGAAGCCAGCUACAUCUCUCAGCCCCUGACUCCAGAGAAGGAGGAUGCACUCCAGGCUGCCACCGUCGCCAACCUGCGAGCAGCUCUCAUGAGUAAGAACAGUUUGCUGUCUCUGAAAGCCGACAUGCUGGGAGAGGAUAGUUCUCUGCUGUUUGAGUACUUACCCAAAGGCACGCAUUCUCUCUCUCGGCCUGGCACCAACUUGAAUCGUUCAAGGGGCGAAUGUGAUGGCAAAGUGGAAGCACCAUCUCCCCCGCUGCCUUCAUCACACCUUGCCACUCAGAGCCCCCCUGAGAUCUGCUCUUCUGGUGAAAUGUCACCAGAAACCGUGAUAAAAGGAGAGGUGCCUUCCUCAACCCAGGCCACUUAUGAUGGAUUUUUAGCACUUUGGCAGUUUGAUAACUCUGAUUCAGAUACAAGUUUCUCGAGAUCUGAAGACAUGGACAUAACCACUGAUGGCCUGUUCCUGGAUUCAGCCCUAGCCAAGAGGCUGACCUGUGGUUUCUGCAGGAGGGUUUUCCAGUGUGCUGAAGAGCUGAAGGAGCACAUCCACGAGCACGCUUUCUCCGUGCUUCUCCCGUUCGACUUGGUUGACUGCUCCCGGCCUGGCCUUGCUGACAGCGUCCCUCCUGGCCAUCUCGCCCGCUUCCAGUGCUCCAAAUGCCCCGCGAGCUUCACUCUGAAGUCAAACAUGGAUCGGCACGAAAAGACCAUCCACUUCAACUGUAAGAAGAUGCGAUGUCCUAACUGUGCCAAGCUGUUUCGAGACAAGACAGACUUAAACCGGCAUCUUAUGUCUGUGCACUCAAACGAGCGUACUUUUGUCUGUCUCUUCUGUGGCAAGGGCUUUGGUACACAGAAGAACCUCACUAACCACAUGAAAGCGUGUUACCUGGGCUCUGCCCAGCUGAGCGGGUUGUAGCUUUUGGACAGUGUAGGACAAAACGAGGAUCUUGAGGACGCGUAGCUACUGUUGCGAAUAUGAGACGCUUCUUUUAAACUAGGAAAAGCAAAUUGUUCCAUUGUUGUCGUGCUGCAAAUAAACGUAUCGCAGGUGUAAUGUAAUAGAGUAACUUCCCCAAAGCUGAUCAGGUUGAUAAUGUGCUGGUUCCAGAUAUUGUGUAACUGCAGCCACGGUGCAAUUUUUGUGCAAAGAUAAUUUUUGUCAGUUCAUGUUAUGGGCACUUUGGCUAUCUUAUUGGUGUGAUCAUACUGUGUGCUUAUACUGCGUUAAACUUCUUUUUUAUCAGUAGAUCUCAAAGUGCUUUAUAAAAGAAAUGGUGAUGUUUUCCUUGUAUUCUCUGGGAAAAUAACAUACCUCAGCUUGUUGAGCGUGUUAGCAAUAGAAUUAAUAAUAGAAUUCAGUCUUCUGAGUUCUGGUCUAGUGCUCUGUCCAUUAGACAAUUCGGGCAUUUCAGGGUUUUUCAGCUUGAGAUUCGGAGCUGUGAAAGCACUGGGUUGCUCAGCCCUGUAAGCUGUUUAUAAAGUCUGGUUUUCUAUGUCACUGAAAGGAGAAAAACAUGCUGCUUGUUCAUAUGUACAACAGGGUAUAUUAUUUGGGCCUGAAAGUUGUUGCAAGGCUUGUAUAUUUUAUUGGUAUUAUGUUUGAGUACUUUUAGGACUUUUUAAAAAAUACACUGGAGUAUGGCUGUGGUUUUCAGGUAUUCUGUAAAUUUUUCUGACUGGUUUGUUUCAUAUGAUGUAUUUAACUUAGCCAGACUGGAUGUAUGUUGUUCAAACGGAGGAGAGGAGGCUUUACAUAGAAGAUCUAAUUGCAACUUAGGGUGCACAUACAAAAUCAGUAAUGGUUGUUACUGGAGGGUAGCAGUCUUACUGUAAUUCCUAUUUUAUUAUAUGAAAUUCAUUUAUUUUUUUAAAAGAUUAAAUAUUUCUGUCUCUUGCUAUAUAUUUACGUUCAAAACCAGAUCAUAGUAACUGUGAAAUAAAAGUAGCAUAAUUAAGCGUAGCACUUCUCAGCUGCUCUGCGUACAGCACAGCUUGUCAGCAGCUUGAGCUCUCGGGUUGUAGGGUUGCUUUCCUUAAUGUGUGAGAGAGACAGCUGAGGAGACGAAAGCAACUUCUGCAAAUGAUCUUUAGAGUUCUUCAGAAAAGUUCUUUCUCAUAAUGGUGUUGUAUCUCAGGGAGACAAAAAUGAGAAAUGUUUGGUCAUUGCACAAAGUGGACUUGAGCAGCCUGGAGGUCUCCAGGCGAGAGUUUCUUGCAAAGCUGUUGGCUGCGGAAAGCUAGAUGAGAGAGAUCAUCCAGUUCCUCCUGCCCUUGCCCUCGCAGAGAGGGAACAGAUAUAUUCUGGUGCAGCGCUGCUCUGCCCAUUCCUGCUGUGAGUCAGGGGUGCAGGGAGAUGGCUCUGUGCUGCGUCAGGGCUGGGUUUCUGAGGGUUAGGAAGCUGGAGUUUCCCUGCUUGGCUUAGUUCUUACUCUUCAUUUGGGCACGGUGCGGUCAGAGUUGAGAAUAUGUUCCUAUAUAAUCGGUGUAGUACACCAUACUUCGAUCAUUUUUUUAAAUUUUAUAUUUUUUUUUGCAAAAUCAUGUCUGUCUUUUUUGCUCUUGUUCCCAUUGACAUCUUUGGCAUUGUGGAUCAUGGUUGUCUGUGAAUGUGUAUGGUUUAGUCUGUCAGCUUCCCUUGUUACGGAUGUCAGUUUAAUUGCCUUAUAAUUUAUUCUGCUCUUAAAUAACCAGCAAGUGAGGGAGGAGAAGGCUGAGCCAGAAGAGGAAGUUGUGACCAAAAUGAGUCUAAUCUGGAAAUUUGGGAGCAGCAUGGUAGGAUUUGUCUGAAUCGGAAAAGUAAGAUGCCAGCAAAAGUAAUUUCAGCAAAUUCUAAAAGGCUUCGUUGACAUGAUAACAGUUAAUGAUGUUUCAUGGUUGUUCAUUUUUUCUCAUAUUUGAGAAUUUAAUUCCACAU